UAGACCCAGGGAAGUCAUAUCUCACAGCGAAAUUGCAGUCAUGCACUAAUCGAGCAAAAGUCGUACACCUAUCCGCAGUGGGUAUUAUUUGCCAGGAGUUUGCCAGCAGACUUGUGCGCAUUGCUAGAGUGUUCCACGUCAACAGACUACAGUCGCCCUUGAUUGCAGAAAUGACUUCGAAGGCCUUUACCUUGAAGAAGCAGCCGUCAAUUGAAGCUCUGCUCCUUGCUAGAGAAAUCAGACCUGAGGCACAAAAGAGAUUCAAGGAGCCAGAUGUUGACGUGGACGACAUCCAAGGCGAUGCACUCCGAGGCUUCAACAAACCUCAUCUUGCCUUCUUGGCCCUGGAUAUAGAAGACAACAACCCUAAAGCCAUUCAGAACACCAAGAAAUGGCUCGCUGAUUACGUCAUUCCUAACGUCACCACAGCACGUGACAUCAUUCAGUUCCGCCAGAUGUUCAGGAUGAUGCGUGAGAAACGCAAUGGUAUCAAGCCGACGACAGUGGUUCAGAUUUGCUUCAAUAUCUCCUUCUCCUACGAGGCACUAAGCAAGUUAGCCCCAGCCGAAGAAGUUGAGAAAUUCUAUAAUCCAGGUGUACAAAGUACCGCCUUCAAAGUCGGUCUGCCAAAACGCUCCCUUUAUCUGAAUGACCCCAAAACAGGUGAAGGAGCCAAGGAAAACUGGAAAUUAGGCGGCAAGAGUAAUCCACAUAUUCUCAUCCAGGUUGGCUCUGACCGUACGUCACUGAUCCAGGAAGAGAUAAACACCCUGGUCAACGGACUGAAAUCUUUGGGUAAUCCUCUCAAGAUUACCUACCAGGAGUUUGGCAAACGACGGGAGGAUCUACCGGGACACGAGCACUUCGGAUUUCUGGAUGGCAUCAGUAACUUCGGGGCCAGGGGGACGUUCACUCGGCAAGGCACGAAAAUACCUCAGUACGUUACGCCAAGGUUUCUGCACCAGCAAGACCCACGAUCUGAUCUGUAUGGCCUACCGGGCCAGCGGCUGAUUUGGCCAGGAGAGGUCAUCUUGGGACUUCCGCAACAAAACGCUAAUACUCGAGAUCCCGACCAAGCCAACCUGCCCGGAUCAAGCUCUUUCACUGGGCCGGACUGGGCGAAGAAUGGAACCUUUUUGGUCUUCCGACGGCUGAGGCAAGAUGUGCCUAAAUUCUGGAAAUUCAUGAAGGAGAGUGCUGCCGAGCUUGCUGAGCACCACGGCAUGGCUGGCUUUACGGAGGAACACAUGGGGGCCAAAGUUGUGUCCAGAUGGAAAUCAGGAACACCGAUCAUUCGCGAACCGAAAGCUGAUAAUCCUACACUGGGUUCAGACCGUUUGGCCAACAAUGCCUUUGUCUAUCAGUCCGACGAUGCCCCCUAUUCUCUCAAGCCUCGAGGUAACACCGACGGCUUCCCCACGGGGAAUCCCGACCCCCAGGGGGUGGUGUGUCCCCUGUCAUCCCACCUGCGCAAAGUCCAACCACGUGACGCCAGCACCGACAUCGGCAACCAGUACGAUACCCUGAAGCAUCUCAUCAUCCGCCGCGGGAUUCAGUACGGCGACCCCAUCAAAGACGUCAUGGUGGACGACGGGGUAGACCGCGGUCUGUUGUUUGUCUGCUACCAAGCAAGCAUCGACAAACAGUUUGAGUUUCUGAUCACCCACUGGGCUAAUAGUCCCAGUAACCCACAUAGCGGUGGUGGUCAUGAUAUGGUGAUUGGGCAGUCGAGUGCUGAUGAUAGGAAGCGUUCGUUUGAUGUUUGCUUACCUGACGGCACCGUUAAGACAGUGGAAACUACCGACGAAUGGGUCAUUCCUACUGGAGGCGGCUACUUCUUUGUACCGUCUAUCACUGCUUUGAAGGAUGUAAUUGCCAAGUAAUCAGUUAAAACAAAUGAAAAUGGCAAAUGGUCUUAUAUUUAAUGACCAAUAUAAAUGACAGAUAGCCAUAGAGGCCUAGCUCCUUCGCCUAUAGGUUUCAAGUUGUUUGGUUUAUCGUUACGUUUCCAUCAUUUUCAUGAUUUCCUAAUGUUUGUUUGGUUAUAUAUUGGCUGUUUCAAAAGACUUCUAUCGUUUUGUUUGUUGACAAUUUUAAUUUGUAUUCUGAGGGGGAAAAGGAAAAUGGCGUUGUCAUCGAUUUUUAUAUGAGCUGUUCGUUGACCGUAUCGGUUUUUAGAAGGGAUUGGAAUAUGUUGGCAAAUCAAUAAUAAUUUGAUGGGGUGGCUGGAUAAAGUGAUCGCUUCUUAUUAGUUUGGCCAAAAAAAUGAUAUACAAAUGAUUUCCUUGGGUCUUACAUUGGGUCACAGUGGACAUUUUUGUUGCGUUGUAUGAAUGAAAAGUGCUCUUGUCAAUUUUAACCAGGCAUUGUUCUCGUAACUUGCAUUCAGUAAAAUCAAGACUGAAAUUUUGCUGAUUUAAGGUUUCCAAAUAUUGAAAAUUUAAGAAUUGUACAAAAGUUUAAAGGCUUUUUCUGGAGGGGGGGGAUAUACUUCCAACUUUUUGGAAGUAAAACUAUAGUCAAACAAAAUAUGUAUAAUGUUGCUUAUUAGAUCACUUGUUUACGCUAAUCGCUAAUGAUGUAAACUGAUAGCCGCAGAUUUUCCCGGCGAAUUAUAGCGAUGAGUGUUUUUAGUGGAAGUAUGUAACGGUGGAAAUUAUAUGAAAUAAUUAGAUUAGAAAAAAAUAUGAUAUACAUGUAUUACACAAUUUUGAUGAGCUUCGUUAUGGUAAUUAUAAUGUGGUACAAUUAUUAAUGGAGAGAGGGUUUUCAAUUUAGAUAUAAAGAGAUAAUGGUGACGUACUAUGUUAUCCAUGCAUGAGGUGUAAAUAGCUUUAUAGGGUGAUUGGUUUCCCGACUAUUUAGAAAUUAAGACUUAAAGUAGUACAGUUACACUUCAACUUGCUCGGCUUUCUAUACUUUGAGGAUUGUGUUUUGAAAUUGGUUGCUUCUUUCAGGCAUUGACCAAAUACUUGAAAAAUUUGCAGCUUAUCUUACACAGUGGUCAGUUCCAUGGGAGUCGUGGGGGGGGGGGGGGGUGGCAAGGGUGGUCACUUCCCCCCCCCCCCCGGAAAACGAGAAAAAAAAGGAAAAGGAGGUGCGAAGCCAUAUUGCUGUUAAUUUUAGGGGGUAGGGCAAAUGCUCCCCUGCUCACGCUCGGAAAAAUGAUAAAUUGAGAAUAUAAUGAAAAAGUUAAGGAACAUUUGGCAAAAAUUUGCUUUGGCCCCCUGGAAAAAAAUCCUGGCGACGCCCAUGGUCAGUUCGAAAUAUAUAUCUCAAGGAUAAUAUGUUAUGCGUUAAACGGUAAUUUGGAAAUGAUGUUAAGGAGUCACAUGGAUUAUUUUAAACAAACUUGAUCUCUGGGCAGUUUGGAAAGAAAUGAAUAAAAUGAGUAUGAAAGAGAGUGAUAGUAACUUGGAACAGA